AGCCGUGCCCCAAUUCCGAUGGCUGUGGUCCGCAGAGAGCUCUCCUGUGAGAGCUACCCCAUAGAGCUCCGCUGUCCAGGAACAGAUGUCAUCAUGAUUGAAAGUGCCAACUAUGGGAGGACUGAUGACAAGAUUUGUGACUCUGACCCUGCUCAGAUGGAGAAUAUACGAUGCUAUCUGCCUGAUGCCUAUAAGAUUAUGUCUCAAAGGUGCAAUAACAGAACCCAGUGUGCAGUGGUGGCAGGUCCUGAUGUUUUUCCAGACCCGUGUCCGGGAACCUAUAAAUACCUUGAAGUGCAGUAUGAAUGUGUCCCUUACAUUUUUCUUUGUCCUGGACUACUAAAAGGAGUGUACCAGAGUGAACAUUUGUUUGAGUCCGACCACCAAUCUGGGGCAUGGUGCAAAGACCCUCUGCAGGCUUCUGACAAGAUUUAUUAUAUGCCCUGGACACCCUACAGAACUGAUACCCUGACUGAGUACUCAUCCAAGGAUGACUUCAUUGCUGGAAGGCCAACUACCACCUACAAGCUCCCUCACAGGGUGGAUGGCACAGGAUUUGUAGUGUAUGAUGGAGCUUUGUUCUUCAAUAAAGAACGCACCAGGAACAUAGUAAAGUUUGAUUUGCGGACUAGGAUAAAGAGUGGAGAGGCUAUCAUAGCAAAUGCCAAUUACCAUGAUACCUCUCCUUACCGUUGGGGAGGCAAAUCUGACAUAGACCUGGCAGUGGAUGAGAAUGGGCUAUGGGUAAUCUACGCAACAGAGCAAAACAAUGGUAAAAUUGUCAUUAGUCAAUUGAAUCCUUACACCCUACGGAUUGAAGGGACUUGGGACACUGCAUAUGAUAAAAGGUCAGCUUCCAACGCAUUUAUGAUAUGUGGGAUUCUGUAUGUGGUCAAAUCUGUAUAUGAAGAUGAUGACAAUGAGGCCACAGGGAAUAAGAUUGACUACAUUUACAACACCGACCAAAGUAAGGAUAGUUUGGUGGAUGUACCCUUUCCCAAUUCAUACCAGUACAUAGCAGCUGUGGAUUACAAUCCCAGGGACAACCUUCUUUACGUCUGGAAUAACUAUCAUGUCGUGAAAUAUUCUUUGGAUUUUGGACCUCUGGAUAGUAGAUCAGGACAGGCACAUCAUGGACAGGUAUCAUACAUCUCCCCACCAAUUCACCUUGACUCUGAGCUAGAAAGACCCCCUGUUAGAGGACCUCUUGGCAUGGGAAGCACCACCACCAGUACCACUGUUCGGACCACAACUUGGAGCCCAGGCAGGAGCACCACCCCAUCGGUGUCAGGAAGAAGAAACCGGAGUACCAGCACCCCAUCUCCAGCCGUCGAGGUACUUGAUGACAUUACCACACACCUUCCAUCAGCAUCAUCCCAAAUCCCAGCUCUGGAAGAGAGCUGUGAGGCUGUGGAAGCUCGAGAAAUCAUGUGGUUUAAGACCCGUCAAGGACAGAUGGCAAAGCAGCCGUGCCCCGCAGGAACUAUAGGAGUAUCAACUUAUCUGUGCCUGGCUCCUGAUGGAAUCUGGGAUCCCCAAGGACCAGAUCUUAGCAACUGUUCUUCUCCUUGGGUCAACCAUAUAACACAGAAGUUGAAAUCUGGAGAGACAGCUGCCAACAUUGCUAGAGAGCUGGCUGAACAGACAAGAAAUCAUUUGAAUGCUGGAGAUAUCACUUAUUCAGUCCGGGCCAUGGAUCAGCUGGUUGGCCUCCUGGAUGUACAGCUCCGGAACUUGACCCCAGGUGGAAAAGAUAGUGCUGCACGAAGUUUGAACAAGCUUCAGAAAAGAGAGCGCUCUUGCAGAGCCUAUGUCCAGGCAAUGGUCGAGACAGUUAACAACCUUCUCCAGCCACAAGCCUUGAAUGCCUGGAGAGACCUGACUACAAGUGAUCAACUACGUGCAGCCACCAUGUUGCUUGACACUGUGGAGGAAAGUGCUUUUGUGCUGGCUGAUAACCUUUUGAAGACUGACAUCGUCAGGGAGAACACAGACAAUAUUCAAUUGGAAGUUGCAAGGCUGAGCACAGAAGGAAACUUAGAAGACUUAAAGUUUCCAGAAAACAUGGGUCAUGGAAGCACUAUCCAGCUUUCUGCAAAUACUCUAAAACAAAAUGGCCGAAAUGGAGAGAUCCGAGUGGCUUUUGUCCUGUAUAACAACUUGGGUCCUUAUUUGUCCACGGAGAAUGCCAGCAUGAAGUUGGGAACAGAGGCUAUGUCCACCAAUCAUUCUGUUAUCGUCAAUUCCCCAGUUAUUACGGCAGCAAUAAACAAAGAGUUCAGUAAUAAGGUCUAUUUGGCUGAUCCUGUGGUAUUCACUGUUAAACACAUCAAGCAGUCUGAGGAAAACUUCAAUCCUAACUGUUCAUUUUGGAGCUAUUCCAAGCGCACGAUGACAGGUUAUUGGUCAACCCAAGGCUGUCGGCUCCUGACCACAAAUAAGACACAUACUACAUGCUCUUGUAACCACCUAACCAAUUUUGCAGUACUGAUGGCACAUGUGGAAGUUAAGCACAGUGACGCGGUCCAUGACCUUCUUCUGGAUGUGAUCACAUGGGUUGGAAUUUUGCUGUCCCUUGUUUGUCUCCUGAUUUGCAUCUUCACAUUUUGCUUUUUCCGUGGGCUCCAGAGUGACCGUAACACCAUCCAUAAGAACCUCUGCAUCAGCCUUUUCGUAGCAGAACUGCUCUUCUUAAUUGGGAUCAACCGAACAGAUCAACCAAUUGCCUGUGCAGUUUUUGCUGCCCUCUUACAUUUCUUCUUCUUGGCUGCCUUCACCUGGAUGUUCCUGGAGGGAGUGCAGCUCUAUAUCAUGCUGGUGGAGGUUUUUGAGAGUGAACAUUCACGAAGGAAAUACUUUUACCUGGUCGGCUACGGGAUGCCUGCACUUAUUGUGGCUGUGUCAGCUGCAGUAGACUACAGGAGUUAUGGAACAGAUAAAGUAUGUUGGCUCCGACUUGACACCUACUUCAUUUGGAGUUUUAUAGGACCAGCGACCUUGAUAAUUAUGCUUAAUGUAAUCUUCCUUGGGAUUGCUUUAUAUAAAAUGUUUCAUCACACUGCCAUUCUGAAACCUGAAUCGGGCUGUCUUGAUAAUAUCAAGUCAUGGGUUAUAGGUGCAAUAGCUCUUCUCUGCCUAUUAGGAUUGACCUGGGCCUUUGGACUUAUGUAUAUUAAUGAAAGCACAGUCAUCAUGGCGUAUCUCUUCACCAUUUUCAAUUCUCUACAGGGAAUGUUUAUAUUCAUUUUCCAUUGUGUCCUACAAAAGAAGGUACGAAAAGAGUAUGGGAAAUGCCUGCGAACGCAUUGCUGUAGUGGCAAAAGUACAGAGAGUUCCAUCGGCUCAGGGAAAACAUCUGGUUCUCGAACUCCUGGGCGCUACUCCACAGGCUCACAGAGCCGAAUUCGUAGAAUGUGGAAUGACACAGUCCGAAAGCAGUCAGAGUCCUCCUUCAUUACUGGAGAUAUAAACAGUUCAGCAUCACUUAACAGAGGAGCCAUGGCUAAUCAUCUUAUAAGCAAUGCUCUGCUUCGUCCGCAUGGUACUAACAAUCCCUAUAAUACAUUGCUUGGGGAACCGGCGGUCUGUAACAACCCUUCUGUCAGCAUGUACAACGCACAAGAGCCCUACAGAGAGACAAAGGGGCUUCUGAACAAUGCCAGGGAUACAAGUGUCAUGGAUACUCUACCACUGAAUGGUAACCAUGGCAAUAGUUACAGCAUUGCCAGUGGUGAAUACCUGAGCAACUGUGUGCAAAUUAUAGACCGUGGCUAUAACCAUAACGAGACCGCCCUAGAGAAAAAGAUUCUGAAGGAACUCACUUCCAACUAUAUUCCAUCUUAUCUGAAUAACCACGAGCGUUCCAGCGAACAGAACAGGAAUCUGAUGAACAAGCUGGUGAAUAACCUGGGCAGUGGGAGUGAAGAUGAUGCCAUUGUCCUGGAUGAUGCCACCUCCUUCAACCAUGAGGAGAGUCUGGGCCUGGAACUUAUUCAUGAGGAAUCUGAUGCUCCUUUGUUGCCCCCAAGAGUUUACUCAACAGAGAACCACCAGCCACACCAUUACACCAGAAGGCGGAUCCCCCAAGACCACAGUGAGAGCUUUUUCCCUUUGCUAACCAACGAGCACACAGAAGAUCUCCAGUCACCCCAUAGGGACUCUCUCUACACCAGCAUGCCGGCACUGGCUGGUGUGCCCGCCGCAGAGAGUGUUACCACCAGCACCCAGACCGAACCCCCACCGGCCAAAUGUGGUGAUGCCGAAGAUGUUUACUACAAAAGCAUGCCAAACCUAGGCUCCAGAAACCACGUCCAUCAGCUGCACACCUACUACCAGCUAGGUCGCGGUAGCAGUGAUGGAUUUAUAGUUCCUCCAAACAAAGAUGGGACCCCUCCGGAGGGAAGUUCAAAAGGACCUGCUCAUUUGGUCACUAGCCUAUAGAAGAUGACAGAAAUUUAAGCCAACAAAACUGCUAACACCUGGUUGACUGUUCUGAGUUGAUAUAAGCAGUGGU